AGAGUAGAGUAGAGUAGAGUAGAGUUGAACUGUGGCAGACAGGCAGUCGUUUGUUUACAUUUGUUGCAAUGGCGACCAUCACUGAACUGAAGUGUGCCGUAAGGGAAACCCUGGAGUCCCGUGGUGUGAUGGGCCAGCUGAAGGCUCGUAUCCGGGCAGAGGUAUUCAGCGCCCUGGAUGACCAACGUGAACCUCGUCCGCCGCUGUCCCACGAAAACCUGCUGAUCAACGAGCUCAUCCGGGAGUACCUGGAGUUCAACAAGUACAGAUACACUGCGUCAGUCCUGACAGCAGAGUCAGGCCAACCUGAAGUUCCCUUGGACAGACAGUUCCUGGCAAAUGAGCUGAAAGUCACAGAGGAUACAAGCUCCAAGUCUGUACCUCUGCUCUAUGGCUUGGUGUGCCACUUUGUGAACAGCAGUGAUAGUGGUGGAAAGGUGUUUCUGCGGGGUGCCUCUCUGCCAGCUGGUACAACUGCCAGCAACACAGUAUCUGGACCUGAUGCCUAAAAGUUGAUGCACUCAAGUAAUGGUACAGGAUGGACUGAAAAGAUGCCUUUACACACUUUUUGGGGAGAUUUAAGUGACCUAAUAACCUUCUAUAGUUUUUACUGCGUUUUCAACUAAAUGUUCACAGGCAUUACAGCAUGGACUAUAUGAAUUACUACUGAUACGAAUGCACAAGUCAUUUCUAUUGCUUUAUUCUGUAAGUUGCCAAUGAUACCAGAUGGCCUUUUUUGUUUAGGUUUAAAUAUCUGACUUUACAAUGGGUUUAGUAUCAGUCGGUUGGUACUGCUUGCAUUAAUCCAUAUUGCUCGUUCUCUCAUUAAUUCAGGCAAAAUGUUAAAAUAACAUUCCUUGAUGUCCUUGCUCUAUUUUAAUUUACAUAUGUUUGAUACUUUUAUAUUGUCUUUUAGUUGUUCAAAAAUAAAUGUUUAUAUUUAUGUAUUCACGUCAUUGAAUCAAUAACGUGUGACAAUGCUAUUUUAUUGGCUACCACAUGGUGGCAGCCUCACCAAAGAAACGGCUGAAGACUGCUAUUGACAGAGGGUUGAGGAGUGACACUUUGUUGGUUGUGACUUGGUGAAGACAUCUAGAAUGUGGCAUUGUGCAUAAAAACAGGGUACUCUUAAUACCGUGGUUAAAAUGAUCUUACUACUUACGUCUGUUCAACUGUAUAAAUAUAUGAGGAGUUAACUUUAUUUUACUUGAAAGUGUAUUGUUUGUAAUCAGAACUGUAUUUGCAAGUACAGUUGGUACUUUUGAACAUUUGCUUUAUGCAAUGCAGAUCAUCACAGUACAGUUUAAAUAGUGCUGAAUAACCUGCACCUGAAAGGUUGCCACAGUCACAUUCAGUUACUUUCCUGUGAUUGUCUUAACAUUUUGACACUCAUUGUGUUGGUUUGUGCAGCCAAGCCCACGCAUGUUGCCCCUGCCCCAUUGCUAUUCUUGACCCCUGUUUGUCUGUACUAGUUAGAUACCUCUUGAUUAAUAAGAUGUUUUAUCUUGGUCUCAUAUAGCUGAUAAUCCACGUUUUAUGCUAAAUGAAAUGGGGCAUUGGCCAGAUAUUUUUAUGUGGCAACUCUCCUGCUUGUUCACUUCUUGCUGUGUUGUCUGCAGCUUAUGAACCCGGGAUGUGAAGUUUUUAUGACCUCCAUAACAGCAAUGUUAGCGACACUAAAGUGAUAUGAACUGUUCC